UCUGCUUCUUCUCUUAAAUCCCACGAAUACUCUCCCACCGUCGGCAGAAACAGAGGAUGUCGAGGCCUGUCUCUCUCUAACGAUACAUGCUAAUAUAAAAAAAACAUAUAUAAAAAAGAAAACGCCCCGUUCAAGUUAGAAGCAGAUGGAGUGACGAUGUUUGCUGUUGGCUGAAGUCCACCCUGAGAGACAAAAUGAAGCGGAGGCUGCUGCGUGGCUUCCUCUCGGAGAUUUCCAUCCGGAUUGCGCUAUUAGUCUUGUUCCUGGUGACGGAGCAGCUCCCUCCUUUCUACCGUCAGAUCCAGCCGGAGGAGAUGUGGCUGUAUAAAUUCCAUCGCGUGGAGAGAGACCAUGUUCCCACCUCUCUGAUGUUUAGCGUGGCGGUUUUCACCCCGCUGAUUGUAAUCCUGGUUUUCACCUUUAUGAAUAAGUCAGAGCGCGGUGAUCUGAAAGAAGCUUCACUGGCUGUGACUCUGACGCUGGUGCUGAAUGGAGUUUUCACCAACGUCAUCAAACUCUCUGUUGGCAGGCCGCGGCCGGAUUUCUUCUACCGUUGUUUCCCAGACGGUCAGAUGAACCUGGAGCUGCGCUGUAGCGGUGACCCAGAUGUGGUCAUGGAGGGCAGAAAGAGCUUUCCAAGUGGACACUCUUCCUUUGCCUUCGCAGGUUUGGGUUUCACGGCGCUGUACAUCGGGGGAAAGCUGCGCUGCUUCAGUGCAGCAGGCCAAGGCAGAGCGUGGCGGCUGUGUGCCUUCCUCACCCCUUUACUCAUCGCGACUGUGAUCGCCCUCUCCAGAACCUGUGACUACAAACACCACUGGCAAGAUGUAUUAGUGGGGUCUCUGCUGGGCCUUGCCUUCGCCUGGCUGUGCUACCGACAGCACUACCCACCACUUCAGGACCUGGACUGCCACAGACCUCUGCGUCACAGAGAGACUGUUCCCGCUGCACAGGAGCGCAAACUGGCCAACUCCAACUACAUCCUGCCUCUGUAGAACCGCUGUAACUGCAUUAUACUCUUUACUGGCGUCAUUUAUACUGGGUUACAUGGUAGCUACAUAGGUGUUCUAGUUUUUCGCAUCUUUAGGGCUGGGCAGCAUAUCGGUAUUUAUGGUUUAUCGUCGUUAGGGUCCUGUGGGAGUUUUUCUUUUUUUUGUACAGUGACAUAUGAUGCACAGAUUGUUUUUUCUCAGCUGAUGUUGCAAACUAAUUACAGAGUCUUGAAUGGUUUUCUGAAACACUUGACGGCUGCGUUAGUCCACUGGGUUGGACGUCAGCUACACAGGCAACCUGAGGUAUUGUAUUUCCCGACCUUAAGAGAUGUCACUACAUACCGGAUCUAAUUUAUUUUAGACGUCCGCAGGCUGCCGUGACGUCGUUUUUCCACCUGAACAAGCUCUCCGCACGCUGUCUAUUGUGCCUCUAGAUCACAUAGUCUGACCACUCACAAACAGCUAAACAGGUUCAAUAGUCGACCACUGCACUAAUAGUCCACUGCCUCUCAAUCUGUGGCGCAGCUUUUGUGACUCAGGCAUAAGGAAAUGUGGUUGAAUCUUUUAUUUGAUCUCUGUGCUCUUUUUUUUGUUUUGACCUUUAGAAACAAGGUACGGUGAAGAAGAUUGAAUCUCAAAGGGCGGCUGCUUAACGAUUCUACAUUUUCAGCCACACGUUACGCACCCUUUGGGUUUGUAGCCGUCUUUAGGUCAUUUCAAAAAUCCAAAUAGCACAAGCACGCCUCUCAGAAACUUCAGACCCUCUUAUCACAUGACAAAACCUCACCGUUAAAAUCACAUCAGGACACAUGAGCCAGGAGCUUAGAUUUUCUUCGCCAUCUUGUAUUUGAUCUAUUGGAGUAAAGCUGGUGAAGUCAGACGUGUCGGUGUGAGCUGGGUGGAUAAAGUCCUUUGUCAUGGUGUCCGUUAGUGUAUAUCAUCAUGAUACUAUUUAAAAGUGGUAGAAUAAAGAGACAGGAAGUCUUUUGUUAAACCUUUUGUUAAAAAAUUAUUCACAGCAGUGCCAACAAUGGCUUAAACAGUAAUAUUAAAUAGUAAAACUCA